AUGGCCGACUCCCCCAUGGCAGACGACGCCUCCACCUCCGAGUCUGCAUGGCUCACCCUCUCCGUAAAGCACCGCCAAGUCACCUACGACCUCUCCUUCCCCGAAGACGCUACCGUCACCGACCUCUUUCACGAAAUCGAAGUCAGCCUCGACAUCCCUGUCGCAAACCAAAAGAUCCUCGCCCCGAAAUGUCCGCUCCUCAAAUUCCCACUCAAGAACCCCGACAUGCCGCUCCUAGACCUCAAGGGCAAGCCCCUGACUCUCAUGGGCGCUCCCGCGGCCGAAGUACAGCAGAUUCAGGACAUGGCUGAGCGUGUUGCAAAGCGCAACGCCGCGCGCAUGGCCCAGCGCAGCAGAGCAAGACAUGCGCCUGCGCGCAAGACUGCUGAGGAUUCGCAAUACACUUUCCUCCAAGUCCGACCUCUACAAGGACUCCCGAAUCCCGACCGCAGCCAAAAGCUGCUCCUGCGACUCAAGGAGGACCCAGGCAUCCGCGCUGCGAUGAAGAAGCACAAGUUUACCGUUGGACUCUUGACCGAGAUGGAACCUCUGUCGCAUACACAAACAACACACGAAGGUACAAGCCGAAUUCUUGGAUUGAAUCGCAACCAGGGCGAGGUGAUUGAACUACGACUUCGGACGGAUGCCCACGAUGGAUAUCGCGACUACAAGACCAUCCGCAAGACUCUUUGUCACGAGCUAGCGCAUAACGUUCACGGACCUCACGAUCGUAACUUCUGGGAUCUGUGUCAUCAAAUCGAGCGGGAGGUUCAGGCGGCAGAUUGGAAGUCGGGAGGGCACACUAUCGGAGAGACAUCGAGAUACACCAUCUCAGGCGUGGAUGAGGAGGAGUUUGAGGAAGAUCACGGAGGCUGGACAGGAGGAGAAUUCGUCCUGGGCGGAGUUAGCAAUGCUACAACCGCGGGGCUAAGCCGAAGGGAGGUUCUUGCGCAGGCGGCGCUGGAGAGACAACGAAAGGAGGUUGAAGCUGAAAGAAAGGUGUUGGAGGCCGCUGAAAAGACACGACGGCAUACACCACCUGGUGAUGAUUCAAAGUGA